AUGAGAGAAAGAUCUAAGCGGCAAUUGCUUUGGGCAAUAAAAAGGAUAACAGAUAAACAGGGCCCAGUCUUGAUGAUCGUAGACGGUUGGUGUUUGAGGAUUCUUUCAUCAUGUUGCUCAAUAAGCGAUGUGUUAGAGUUGGGAGUUGCAGCCGUAGAGUUUCUGGAAACGGACAGACAACCCAUGAAGAACAUGAGCUCGCUCUACUUUUUAUCAGAUCUCCCCAAUUCAAUAACACUAUUCAUCAAUGAUUUCAAAAAGAAAAGAGAAAAGUAUAAAAGCGCAUUCCUACUCUUCAAUUGCCACUUGAAGGGUUCGUGUCACUUGGAGUUAGUUGCCAAGAGUGUAUCGCUCAAGAAAAUUUCUGGUUGUUAUGAAAUAUUACUCGAUUUCAUACCAUAUGAAUCCAAAAUAUUUCUUACGAGCAAAACGACACCAGUCAAAUCAAAAGAUGACGUUAUAAAUAAGAGCAAGGGUGGUAGGGAUAAAAAUAUUAGAAGGGACAAUAGUGAACUGGAGUUAUUAAGCCAACUAAAUCACAGCGACUAUAUGCAAUUUUAUGAGAGUAUAUUUUCAGUACUAGAGCUACAUCCAAAUAUUAGGUACCAAUGUUGCGAUCACUUGCUGCCUAAGAAAAUUGCCGAAGCGGCUCAAUCCCACAUCUACAAAAAUGAAAGUGACAAUAUGAAAAAUUCAGCUGCAGAUUCAACGUUUUUGGUUCUAUGUCGCUGCAACGACUUAAAUCCUCUGUUCCUUCACGAAUAUACUUACCAAGCCUUUACAUACGAUACAUUAAAUGUCAAUAUUCACCCUGGGCCAUCGGACAAAGACAAUAAACAGCCAAACGAUAUAAUUUUAAUACAGAAGAAAUCUGGUAACAAUGAAUCCAUCGCUACGCAAGCAUUUCUUUCCGAAGGGGACGAUUUGUGGGUUAAGUUUAGACAUGAGCAUCUGCAGAAAGUGAACCAAACGGUUCUUGAAGAAGUGAACAGAUUUUCUAAAGAGAGGGACGAAGCCUUCAAUAACACAGAUACUGCAUUAGACCUGGUUCGAUCAUUGCCUCAACUGCAACAAAUGGUGGAUAGGUACUGGAUACAUGUAACAAUUUCCGAAAUGUGUUUUAACGAGAUUGAGAAAAGUGAUAUUAUGCGUGUAGGUAAUAUCGAGCAAGAUCUGGCAACAGGUGUGGAUAAAGUAGGUAAGAGUAUAAAUGCUUCAAAAAGUCUUGCCUCAAUUAGUUCAAUACUAACAGAUGAAAAGGUGGACGAAUAUCUGAAAGCUAGGUUGAUUAUGUUAUAUGCGGUAAACAUCUCGGGGUUGUCCAGUUCAGAUAUCAAAGCAAUGAUUUCUGGUUCGUCAUUUUCACCUUUGUUGAUGAAUGUUGUGACUGACUACCUGUUCAAAAGUGACUUAUUUUGGUUGCCACCUAAGCCAUUAGAUGCCGUUGAGGCUAGUGGUUCAAAAUACGCUUACCAGACCCCCAAGUUUUAUGAAUGUGAUGAUUAUUACAAAAGGAAUCGCAAUUACGAUUAUGAACUGUCACGGUUUCAGCCGAACUUGUACUUUAUCCUCAAAAAGUUAAUUUGUGGCAAAUUAAGCUAUGAAAAGUACCCUUGUGUCAAAGAAACGGCUACGCGUGGUUCAAUUAAGAAGUUUAUUGUAUAUGUAUGCGGGGGAGUGACAUUUUCUGAAACAAGGGUUAUUUACAGUCUUUGCAAGGAGUUAAACGUUGAGAUAUAUCUUGGAGGUGAUACAAUUUUGGUACCCAAGAAUAUUUUGAAGAUGUAG